GGAGUGGAGACGUUUUUCUUCAAACUGCGGCGGGAAUGGUCUGGUACCGUUGCCUCCUGGGUGUUUGCGAUACUUGCUUUAAGCAUCAUGUGCAGUCAGAAGUCCAGGAUCCCUGUCUUCUCUUUCCAAGAACCCAAAGCGAUCAGUGUGCCUGAAGAGCGACAGCCAUUGGUUCCUUCAAAAAAAUAUCUCAACAAGACAGUCAACUUAGAGCCCCACAGAGAUCGUGCUUUUGUAUUUGGGGCAAAGGCUCCAGAAUGUUUUGCCUUCAAAGGGGCAGCUCAAGGGGUCGCAAAGUCUACGAAAGAUGUGCCGCCACUCCCUAAGAAACCAGCUAUACGAAAUCCAGUGACUCAAGUGGGAAGCAGACUCAAGCGGGAAACGGAGCUCAGGAACAAGAACAAGCUUUUGGAAGCUGCCAAAGGUGAAAUGAUGGUGAAGUUGGAGAAAAUGCAGGAUACUGUAAAGGAGCUGAAGGAGCAGUGUGAGAAUCUGCAAAAGGAAAACCAUGAGCUGAAGCAGUUUCAAAAAUGCUGCAUGCAGGUCCUGGAAACUCGCAACUGCCACUCAGGUGCAGGUAACAUAAUUUUGGAAGAAGAGGAGGAGAAGACGAAGGGAAAACAGGCUGAGAUGAUGGUUGUGACUGAGAAGCUUAAUGCUGACCUGGAGCUGUUCUGCAAGAUGGCUAAAGAGCAGAAAGAUAACCUUCAAACUGCAAAAACGAAAUGGAAGCAUGUAGAGGAGGAGCGAGUCCGCUUCCUAGAGAAGCAGCAGUGUUUUCAAAGAGAAAUGGAAGUGUUUGCAGCUAUCUUGGAUCAAGAAGAUGAUUUUGUAACAGCAGAAACACCUGUUCUUACACUACUUUAACUUUCAAUCAAAUAAAAUAGGGCUCAGUUGGCUGGGAAUCAAGGAUUUAGACAUUAAUUUUGGGGGUUAUUUCACUCUCACUAUCCUGAUACUUAUUUUUCUCUCUUUGUUCAUAUGUGGGUCUAGCUCAUGGAAGCUGUGACUUGGGAUGUUUUGUUACCUUAAUAAAUGUUGAUUUUGUA